AUGUGGCAUAUCUCAAGGCUUCUGGUGGCCUCCCUGGCAGCAGUGGCCACUGCAGCAACCGAUGGGAGCAUAUUUAUCUUCGACUCGGAAACCGCGAACGCGCAGACUCAUGCUUCUGUCAACGAAGAUUCCGCCCAGAUUUUAUUGCAACAGCGAAUGCGGUCGACCGAUUUCGCAGCCAGCGCAGUUCUUGACGAAUCCGCUUUGGAGCUACUGAACAGCUAUGGAGGGGAACAAAACAGCCUAUUUGACGAACCACACAGCAGCCAGGAAAAGCUGCUUGUUAUUAUCGAAGGAUUAACUAAGGAGACGGGUGCCAUCCAGCCUUCGACUUCCUCCUCGCUGCGAAUCCCCCGCGUCUCCUCGGAUUCUUUGGGCACUUCCAUGCUCGAAAGCAUCCUCACUUCCGAGUCAAAGUCGGUCUGGAGUCAGAAACAAUGCACCUAUGAGGCAGCGACUGAUGCUAAGCUUCAGGUGUCCAGCAGCCGCGAGCUUCAAGCUUGUUUAAAUAGAUACAUGGGAGGAGCCGCCUUGAGCACAUCUCACGCAGAAACACUUGCUCGUCUCCCAUCUUUCUCGGUUGACUCUUGGCACAAUAAUGACGACAACAGAGGAAUUCUAAAGAUGACCUUCAAGAAGGAAACCAAAGACCAAACCGCGGUCGAAAAAUUCAUAAACCUUGCCUCUGAGCUUUUCAAUGCUCCAGAACAGACAUACCUGCUUCUCCCUGAAGUCAGCUCAAACCGACCUUCCCGAAACGACAACAAAUUCAUUGGAAAACGCUCGACACUUGUCGACAAGACCGUACGAGCCCCAAAGGGAUCCGACCUCCCCUCAGCCUUGCUACCAGUCUGCUACGCAUCCAAUAGCUCCUGCUCAUCCUCGACAAAGGACUGCUCCGGCCACGGAUCGUGCUACCUCAAAUCCGGCUCCAAAAAGGACGACGAGUGCUUCGCCUGCCGAUGCGGGCAAACCAAGGUUGAGAAUGCCGACGGAAGCAUCCGCACUGUUCAAUGGGGAGGCGCGGCGUGCCAAAAGCAGGAUAUCAGUAUACCUUUCUUCUUGCUUGCCUCGAUCACGAUCCUUGCUAUACUAGCUGUAGGUGCUGGAAUAAGUAUGUUGUUUAGUGUUGGGCAACAGGAGCUACCUAGUGUCAUCAACGCGGGCGUGAAUGCUCCAAAGGGGGGUGCUAAUUAG